AAAAUAAAUUGAAAAAUGAGAGGUUGGAUAUUUGCAAUAUACUUGAUGUUGCAUGGGCAGUGCGUGCUAGGAGCGCUUGAUUGUUCAACAUUUUCUUCAAAUGAAGUAAAUUAUUUACAACAUCCCGAAGAUUGCAGUAAAUUUUAUACCUGUGUAGGAGGUGUGCCACUAGUGACACAAUGCCCAACUGGAUUGCUUUUCAAUUCAAAAAUACAAGUAUGCGAUUGGCCACAAGUUGUUGAAUGUGUAUCAACGACACCACCAACAAGUAGCUCUGAAACAACACCAACAUCACCAUGUAGUUCUGAGACUACACCAUCGCCGACAACACACCGUCCAUCAAAUCAAGAUAACCCAUGUGCUGGUUUAAGUAUAGAUACAGAAAUAUUAGGUGGAUAUCAUAAAUGUCCAAAUAUACCAAUUCUUGAUGAAAAAAUUCAUCUUGAAAUACCCGAUGAUUGUGGGUCUUUCAUUCAAUGUGAUAAUUAUAGAAGAGCGUUCUGUAAACGAUGUGCUCCUGAAGGACUUGUUUUUGAUCGUUCAAUAAAUAAACAACAAUGUAUAUGGCCACACGAAUCAAUAAGAAGAGAUUGUCACAAAACUACUGUGCCCACAGCGCCUACAUGCCCUACAUGUCCAACAUGUAGUACGACUACACCACCACCUACUACUUCAACUACAACUGAAGCCCCAACGACAACAGACGAAACCACAACAACUGAAGCUCCUGCAACUACAGAAGGGCCCAUUAUAACUGAAGUCCCAACGACAACAGACGAACCCACAACAACUUCAGCACCGUCGACUACUGAGGAGUCAUCAACAACAGAGCAAACAACAACAACAAACGAACCUACAACAACUGAAGCUCCUACAACUACUGAAGAACCCACUUCAACUGACGAACCCACAUCGACUGAAGCUCCAACGAGUACAGAAGAACCAACUACAACUGAUGUUCCAACCACAACAGACGAACCCAUAACGACUGAAGCUCCAACGAGUACAGAAGGGCCCAUUACAACUGAAGUCCCAACGACAACAGACGAACCCACAACAACUUCAGCACCGUCGACUACUGAGGAGUCAUCAACAACAGAGCCCACAACAACAACAAACGAACCUACAACAACUGAAGCUCUUACAACUACUGAAGAACCCACUUCAACUGACGAACCCACAUCGACUGAAGCUCCUAAAACUACCGAAGAACCCACUACAACUGAUGUUCCAACGACAACAGACGAACCCAUAACGACUGAAGCUCCAACGAGUACAGAAGAACCAACUACAACUGAAGUUCCAACGUCAACAGACGAAUCAUCAACAGUCGAAGUACCAACGACUACAGAAGAAACUACGACAACAGAUGCCACAACGACAACAAAGGAACCCACAACAAAUGAAACACCAUCAACAACAGAUGAAUCCGCAACAACUGAAGUAACAACGACAACAAACGAGCCUACAACAACUGAAGCAUCAUCUACAGCAGAGGAGCCCUCAACAACUGUGCCACCAACAACAACAAACGAACCCACAACAAUUGAAGCUCCUACAACUACCGAAGAACCCACUACAACUGAUAUUCCAACGACAACAGACAAACCCAUAACGACUGAAGCUCCAGCGAGUACAGGAGAACCAACUACAACUGAAGUUCCAACGUCAACAGACGAAUCAUCAACACUCGAAGUACCAACGACUUCAGAGGAAACUACGACAACAAAGGAACCCACAACAAAUGAAACACCAUCGACAACAGAUGAACCCGCAACAACUAAAGUACCAACGACAACAAACGAGCCUACAACAACUGAAGCAUCAUCUACAACAGAGGAGUCCUCAACAAGUGUGCCACCGACAACAACAAACGAACCCACAACAACUGAAGCUCCUACAACUACCGAAGAACCCACUACAACUGAUGUUCCAACGACAACAGACGCACCCAUAACGACUGAAACUCCAACGAGUACAGAAGAACCAACUACAACUGAAGUUCCAACGUCAACAGACGAAUCAUCAACAGUCGAAGUACCAACGACUACGGAGGAAACUACGACAACAGAUACUACAACGACAACAAAGGAACCCACAACAAAUGAAACACCAUCGGCAACAGAUGAACCCGCAACAACUGAAGUACCAACGACAACAAACGAGCCUACAACAACUGAAGCAUCAUCUACAACAGAGGAGUCCUCAACAAGUGUGCUACCAACAACAACAAACGAACCCACAACAACUGAAGAGCCUACAACUACCGAAGAACCCACUUCAACUGAUGUUCCAAAGACAACAGGCGAUCCCACAACAACUGAAACACCAUCCACCGCAGAUACUUCAACAACUGAGGUCCCAACGUCAACAGACGAAUCCUCAACAGUUGAAGUAGCAACGACAACAGGGGAAACUACGACAAAUGAUACCCCAACGACAACAGACGAGCUCACAACAACUGAAUCAUCAUCGACAACCGGGGAGUCCUCAACAACUGAAUCACCAACAGCAACAGACACACCCACAAUAACUGAAAAUCCUGCAACUACAGAAGAAUCCACUACAACUGAAGCUCCAACAACAACAGACAUAACCACAACAGUUGAAGCAGAAUCGACUACAGAGGAGUCCUCAACAACUGCAGCCCCAACAACUGAAGGUCCAUCAACUACAGAAGAACUCACUACAACUGAAGGUACAACUGAAACACCAUCGGCAACACAUGAGCCUUCAUCAACUGAAGUUCCAACAACAACUGACGAACCCAGAACAACUGAAGGUCCAACAACUACAGAAGAGGUCACUACAACUAAAAUUACAACGACAACAGAAGAAGUCACAACUGUUGAAGUAAAAACUACAACAGAUGAACCCUCAACAACUGCAGCCCCAACAACUGAAGGUCCAACAGCUACAGAAGAACUCACUACAACUGAAGCUACAACAUCAACAGACGUACCCACUACUGUUGAAGUACCAACCACAACAGAUGAACCCUCAACAACUGCAGCCCCAACGGCAACCAACGAACACACUACAACUGAAGCUCCAACCACUAUAGACGAAUCCAAAACAACUCAACCUCCAACGCCAACGGACGCACCCACAUCCACUGAAGCUCCAUCAACAACUGACGAAUCCACAACAGUUGAAGUACCCUCGACAACAAAUGAACCCUCAACAAGUGAAGCUCAAACUACUAUAGAAGAACCGACUUCAACUAAUGCACUAUCGACAACGGAUGAAUCCACAACAACUGAAGCUCCUACGUCAACCGACGAACCUAUAUCAACUGAAGCUCCAAGGACUACAGACGAGUCAACGACAGCUGAAUCGACACUAAGUUGGAUAUUUGUAAUAUACUUGAUGUGGCAUGGGCAGUCCGUACUAGGAGCGCUUGAUUGUUCACCAUUUUCUUCAAAUGAAGUAAUUUACUUACAACAUCCCGAAGAUUGCAGCAAAUUUUAUACAUGUAUAGGAGGUGGGCCAAUAGUGACUCAAUGUCCAAGUGGAUUACUUUUCAAUUCAAAAAUACAGGUAUGCGACUGGCCACAAGUUGUUGAAUGUGUAACAACAACACCACCAUGCUCUGGAACUACACCAAAACCGACAUGUAGCUCUGAAACUACAUCCACACCAACAUGCAGCACGGGAACUACACCGUCACCGACAUGUAGUUCUGAAACAACACCAACAUCAUCAUGCAGUUCUGAAACCACUCCCACACCUACAGUGCCCACAGCACCUACAUGCCCUACAUGUCCACCCUGUCCUACAGAAGAACCUACAACCACUGAUACUCCAACAACAACAGAAGAACCAACAACAACUGAAGAUCCAACAACUACCGACGAGCCCACUACAACUGAAGCUCCAACAACAACAGACGAACCCACAACAACUGAAGUUCCAACAACUACAGACGAGCCAACUACAACUGAAGCACCAACAACAACAGACGAACCCACAACAACUGAAGUUCCAACAACUACAGACGAGCCAACUACAACUGAAGCACCAACAACAACUGAAGUUCCAACAACUACAGACGAACCCGCAACAACCGAAGCACCAACGACAACUGAAGAGCCCACAACAACUGAAGCUCCAACAACCACUGCAAAACCACCUUGCCCUACUGAAACUCCAACAUGCAGCUCUGAACCAACACCAACACCAUCAACGCCAACACCCUGCCCCCCAAACCCAGAUAAUCCAUGUGAAGGAUUACAUGAUAAUGAAGAAAUAUUGGGUGGAUAUAAAAAUUGCCCAAAUAAACCCAUAGGUGAUGAAAGAAUUCAUUUAGAAAUUCCUGGUAAUUGUGGCUCUUUUAUACAGUGUGAUAAUUUCCGGAGAGCAUUCUGUAAACGAUGCGCUCCAGAGGGACUUGUCUUUGAUCGUGCAGUAAAUGAUCAACAAUGUAUUUGGCCACAUGAAUCAACGCGGACAGAUUGUAAGAAUAGAUCAUUUAUUUUAGAUCAUUUAAAACUUCAGUGUUGGAUAUUUGGAAUGUAUUUCAUGUUGCAUGGGCAGUAUGUGCUAGGAAAACUUGAUUGUUCAGCAUUUUCUUCAAACAGUGUACGAUAUUUACAACAUCCCGAAGAUUGUAGCAAAUUCUAUACAUGUGAGUGGGGUUUAGCACGUGUUUUUAAUUGUCCAAAAGGAUUACUUUUCAGUUCAAGAAUACAGGGUUGUGACUAUCCGCAAAAUGUUGAGUGUGGGCCGGUAACGACACAAGCUCCGCCAUGUGAAACCACAACCAAUACGCCAGGUUGUCCCAGUCCCACAUGUACCACAUGCACACCGAGUACACCUACAACUUGUCCUACAUGUCCGCCAUGUACAUCACCUACCCCUACGACAUGUCCUACAUGUCCCACUUGUUCUACCGAGCCAACUACAACACCUUCCUGUGAAACUGAAUCACCAACAACACCCACACCUACUACUGAGGAAACAACAACACCCACUCCCACUACCCCGGAGCCAACAACACCUACACCUACUACAGAAGAGCCAACAACACCCACUCCCACUACCCCAGAGCCAACAACACCCACACCUACUACAGAAGAGCCAACAACACCCACUCCCACUACCCCGGAACCAACAACACCCACACCUACUACAGAAGAGCCAACAACACCAACUCCCACUACCCCGGAGCCAACAACACCCACACCUACUACAGAAGAGCCAACAACACCCACUCCCACUACCCCGGAGCCAACAACACCCACACCUACUACAGAAGAGCCAACAACACCCACUCCCACUACCCCGGUGCCAACAACACCCACACCUACUACGGAAGAGCCAACAACAACCACACCAUGUAGCUCCGAAACAACACCAACACCACCAUGCAGCUCCGAAACGACAUCCACACCACCAUGUAGCUCCGAAACUACACCACCAUGUAGCUCUGAAACAACUCCAACACCACCAUGCAGCUCUGAAACUACACCAACACCACCAUGCAGCUCUGAAACUACACCAACACCACCAUGCAGUUCCGAAACAACACCAUCGCCAACAACACCGUGCCCACCACCUCCAGAUAAUCCAUGUGCUGGUUUAGGUGUAGAUGCAGAAAUAUUGGGUGGAUAUCAUAAAUGUCCAAAUAAACCAAUUCUUGAUGAAAAAAUUCAUUUAGAAAUACCCGGUGAUUGUGGCUCUUUUAUACAGUGUGAUAAUUUUGGAAGAGCAUUCUGUAAACGAUGUGCUCCAGAGGGACUUGUGUUUGAUCGUGCAGUAAAUAAACAGCAAUGCAUUUGGCCACAUGAAUCAACACGACGUGAUUGUGAAGAAAAAUCAUUUAUUUUAGAUCAUUUAAAAUUAAACUAAGAUCCAUUGACAUGUGAUUUUCUAAAAUUACAGAUUUUCAUUUGC